AUGGCCAAUAGGAAACAUCAGAGCACCACAAGCAACAUGUUGGAUCAUAGAGUGAGGUCUUGCCCAACUUCCUCUCACAAUAAAGAGUCCAAGAGUGAGGAAACAGACCUUUCACUUGAAGAGUAUGCUGCAAAGGAUGUAGAGCUGGCCACCAUCAGGCAGGGAAGCCCCACCCCAGUGGAACAUGAGUGUAAUGAUAACAGUGGGGAUGGAGACUCCAGCUCUGACUAUGUGAAUAAUACCUCAGAAGAGGAAGACUAUGAUGAAGGCCUUCCAGAAGAAGAGGAGGGAAUCACAUAUUACAUUAGAUACUGUCCUGAAGAUGAUAGUUACCUGGAAGGAAUGGACUGCAAUGGGGAAGAGUAUAUUCCCCAUGAUGAGCAUACUGUUGAAACCGAUGAAUGCCAGGAGGCUGUUGAAGAAUGGACUGAAUCUAAAAUUCAGCACCAUGAUGAAAAUGAUGCAGAAGACAGGCAGGAGUACCCAGAAAGCCAUGUUCAGAUUCUGGAAGAUGAGGUAUCUUCUUUGGAGAUCCAAGACCAGGAGGGAAGUGUACAAUAUUGUCCAAGUGAAGAAAGUUACCAGGACUAUUAUCCAGCAGAAGCCAAUGGAAACUCAGGUGGGACAUCUCCUUAUCACUUAAGAAAAGAGGAUGCUGAUCUGGAAGAACAGGAGGAGGACAUUGACCAGAUCGUAGCAGAGAUCAAGAUGAGUAUGAGUAUGAGCAGUAUCAACAGUACAGGGGAAAUGAGCCCAGAACAUGUUGGAAUGGAGAAUGUGCCAAAUGACUAUAAAGAAACAUGUUCACAAGAAGAGGUGGAUCACUGUGCCAGCAGGCAUGAAGGAAGGCCCAAAUCACUGAAUCUUCCCCCUACUUCAAAACAUGCUGGAGAUGCACAAAGGGGCUUUAAAACCAAGGCUAGGACACCAGAAGAGAGACAGAAAUGGCCACAAGAGCAGGUUUGCAACAGUUUAGAACAGCCAAGGAAACAGCAGCGUUCUGAUCUCAAUGGACCAGUCGACAAUAACAACAUGCAAGAGACAAAGAAGGUGGCUUCAUUUCCAAGUUUUGUUGCUGUUCCAGGCCCCUGUGAACCUGAAGAUCUCAUCGAUGGAAUCAUCUUUGCUGCCAAUUACCUGGGAUCAACACAACUGCUUUCUGAACGGAACCCUUCCAAAAAUAUCAGAAUGAUGCAGGCCCAAGAGGCAGUCAGCCGUGUCAAGAGGAUGCAGAAGGCUGCUAAAAUCAAGAAAAAAGUGAGUUCCGAAGGAGAUUCCCAAACUUUGACUGAAGUGGAUCUCUUCAUCUCCACUCAGAGGAUUAAGGUUCUAAAUGCAGACACACAGGAAACCAUGAUGGACCAUGCUUUGCGUACUAUAUCCUACAUCGCUGACAUUGGGAAUAUUGUCGUGUUAAUGGCAAGACGUCGGAUGCCCAGAUCAGCUUCUCAAGAUUGUAUUGAGACCACACCUGGUGCCCAGGAAGGGAAGAAACAAUACAAGAUGAUCUGCCAUGUCUUUGAGUCAGAGGAUGCGCAGCUGAUUGCUCAGUCCAUUGGCCAGGCAUUCAGCGUGGCCUACCAAGAAUUUCUGCGGGCCAAUGGCAUUAACCCUGAAGACCUAAGUCAGAAAGAAUAUAGUGACAUUAUCAAUACUCAAGAAAUGUAUAAUGAUGACCUUAUACAUUUCUCUAAUUCAGAAAAUUGCAAAGAGCUACAUAUAGAAAAACAAAAGGGAGAAAUCCUUGGUGUGGUGAUCGUGGAGUCAGGCUGGGGUUCCAUCCUCCCCACAGUGAUUCUGGCUAACAUGAUGAAUGGAGGUCCAGCAGCCCGAUCUGGGAAGCUGAGCAUUGGAGACCAGAUAAUGUCAAUCAAUGGCACCAGCCUAGUGGGUCUUCCUCUUGCAACAUGCCAGGGAAUCAUCAAGGGUUUGAAGAAUCAGACACAAGUGAAACUCAACAUUGUCAGCUGUCCACCUGUCACAACUGUCCUCAUCAAACGACCUGACCUGAAAUACCAGCUGGGCUUUAGCGUGCAGAACGGGAUCAUUUGCAGCCUCAUGAGAGGGGGGAUAGCAGAACGAGGAGGAGUCAGAGUUGGACAUCGGAUCAUUGAAAUCAAUGGACAAAGUGUUGUGGCCACCGCUCAUGAGAAGAUAGUUCAGGCUUUGUCUAACUCAGUAGGAGAGAUUCACAUGAAGACAAUGCCAGCCGCAAUGUUCAGGCUUCUCACUGGGCAAGAGACACCCCUCUAUAUCUAGCCUAAAUCUGACUUUCAUCAAAAGAGCUAAAGGCAAGUCAAAGAUCCCCACCUGACCUGAGUGAACUCUGAACAACAUAGGACAUCUUGUAUUUUCUAAGAACAAAAGGCUAUGAAGGACCUGAAUUGGCAGCUCAAUGACCAGAUAGGCUUCCCUGAGUGUCUUCCCCUCCCCCACUUCCUUUUUUUUUUUGGCCAAAAAAAAAGUGAUGUGUCUUUAUUGAUGACCAGAGUCACAGACACCAGAUCUUUGUAAAACACUGAAGUAUUUUGCAACAUAUUCUGAACUGUUUUCUCAUUGCAGUUGACCACAGGAAUAUUUAUUUGUACCUUUGUGUGGCAAAGUAGAUGUCUGUCUGUUAUACUUGAAACUGUGGUGAAUGUGAUUGAUGAAUGGGUCUGUGGAAGAGAAUACAGUGAAGAAAAAUAAAUCUUAACAUGGCUGACUUACCAGAUCCUACUAUCUAAUCCAAUCCCUCGAGGUUCAAAAACUGAGCUAACGGAGGUGUUACUUGAUGGUGUAAAAUGUGUGUGUGAGAGAGACUCAGUUGCUUCAAAAGUUGAAUUCACAGCAGUAUCCCCUAGCAUUCAUUACUCCAAGCGUGUAACUGGUAAUUAAACUUUGGCAGAACGUGAAUGUGUUUAUUUAAUAACACAAAAGGAGCCUUUCCUGUGUUAAAUAAAGGAUGAUGGCCACAAGGUAAAAACUCAAAAUAUUUAUUUAGAUACAUAUUUAUGUUUUUGACUUUUCAGUUUGACAAACUUCCUACAGAUUUAAGACUGAAUCAUCAUGAACAAGGCUGCUACUCUUGUACCAGACAUGUUCCACAAUCUGUGCAAAUGUUACUUUUGCCAUUUUAUUCCUUGCCCAUUUGCAACCAUGCAGUGCUCCCCAUGGUCAAGCCAUGCUUACCUGUUACUUCUGGAGAGGAGUAGAGCUGCCCUAGAGUUCCUACAGUCCUUUGAAUAUAUAUUUACACAUGUGAAAAAAUGGCAACAGCCCUCCUCCCACCACCACCCCUUUAAUCCUAAGGCAAUGAGUCAGGGAUACAAGUUAUCUUGGGUGAGCAAGGAGCUAUCAUCAUCAACAGUAUUAGAAUGUGUAUAGAUAAAGUAAAAUGUAGUCAAGUUGUAUUCAUUACUGAGAUAAAUGUUAAUUGAUGUCAUUUUGUCUUGAUUUUUUUUCUUUGGCCAUGGCCUUGAAGAAAUACACUGUGACUUAAGAAGCCUUACCAUGCAGUAACUAAAGCUUUAGGAUUACUGUAUUUCAAGGAGUAACCUAUGUGUUGCAUGCAACUGACCUUAGGAAAGAAUUAAGCUAAUCCCACUAAUAAA